AUUAAGCUAAUACCUAAAAAUAGCUAGGUAUUUCAAAACUUUUAAAUGUAAACAUACAUAUAUGUAUACUGUAAAUAUAAAAUGUUAGCCGAUUUAAAACUAUUUUUCUGAUGGGAAUCUUAAAAUUUCAUGUUUUAGUGUGCUUUAUUUUUACUCUAAUCGCUGUGAUACUUCAAGAUCAUGAAGUUGAGACAUGUAACAGAGGGCCAGGUCCAACGGCUGCCCCGUUCUACCGAUCUAAUAGCAGUCGAAACGCAGUAAACGAAAGUAUCGGACCAAAUGGGGCAGUAGAAAUACUGCUUGUUGGUGUAGGUGUUGUCGCAGUGAUCGUUGUCUGUGUUGUUUGCAAGCGGUGGUGUUCGUAGUCUGAAAUGUACCUCAGCAUGGCACGUCUUGUCUUCAUCCAUCGACGUCACGACAUCAAAUAAUGAGGGGGAAAAUACACCAAUAAUGCUGCGUGAUAUUCCAAUUGUUAAUAAGCCUCUCAUUCAUGGUUGAUGUUAUUAUAUCGUGCAAUAACUAUGUGUCAGAAAUGUGACAUCAUUCUUCAAGAUGCUAACAAUCACCAUCCUCUUAUGAUGUCAUCGGAUUUAUUAAGAGCUUGUCCACAUAAAUAUGAUAUUGCUCAUCUUUGACAACAUUUGACGUGAACAUCGUUAUUGUGGGAAGUGUGACCUUCAUUGCAAGGUCAACCUUGACUUCCUGGUCAGUACCAUCCUGUGUUGACCUUAGCAAAACAUGUCAACACAAAUGAGAUUUGUCUCUUUACUUUAAUUGGUGGGACAUUCGUCUUGUAGAUGCAACUCGACUUCCUGGUCGACUAAAUGGCUAGAUAUAUAUAUUCGUGCACAAAUUUGUCAACACAUGUAAAAUGUUUUUAUUUUCUUCAUGGCGAGACAUAACAUUUAGACUAUGUCAUUGAAUUUUCGAGAUAUAGUAAUAUGAAUUGCGACGCUUGUAGCAGAAAGCUUGGUCGUAAAAAUUUCUUCCUUUGAGGCGUAAUGAUUUCUUUGGGGCGUAAUGAUUUCUGCCUUUUGGGCGUGAUUUCUUCCUUUGGGGCGUAAUAAUGUCUUACUAUGGAGCGUUAUAAUUUCUUCAUUUUGGGUGUAAUAAUUUCUUUCUUUGGGGCGUAAUAAUUUCUUCCUUGUAUAGUUCUUCCCACAUUUACAAGGGAUUUCCAACAAACUUUUACAAAAUUUACGUCAUCAAGUGCCCUGGUGCAGAUUGCAGACAUUUUUUAAUUUGGUCAUUUUUGGCACAGAACUGACCCUCUGUUAUAUAUAAUGUAUUUGUAAUUAUGGGGUUUCUUUUUUCUUUUUUUUUUCUUUUUUUCUUUUUUUUUGGGGGGGGGGGGGGGUGGGGGUGGUCGGGUGUGUGGUGGUCUAUUGACAAUUUUCCAAAAGAGACACCUAAUAUUAUGAUAGAUGUUACAGACAAAUUUAAACAUCAUUUUCUGUUUUGAAUAAAGUAUCAUGUUGAAAGUGGGUGUUUUUUAAUGUUAAAACAUAUUUGUUUUAUAGCUUGUUUGCCUUUGUACGAUUUAUAACUUUCACAGAUUAACAGGUUUUACAAAUGAUAAAGUAAAUUUUAAAAAAAACGAGGCACACAAUGAUGUGAUGUGUUAACGUGGAGCGCUUCAGUUUUUACAUGACACUUUCCCAAAUCAUCACGUCCAACAAGAACAACAAUAAUUUUACAAUUAUUUCAUUCUCAACCCUUUUCAUCUUCCUUACCAAUACGAACUGUCAUGUGACAUGGGUAUGAAUACUGUUAAAAUAUAACCUUUCUCUAGUCGUGGGUGCCUUUUACGACGUUUUAAACAAAACAGUAUACCUCUUACAUGUAAUAUGUGACUUUACUGUGGUUUGAAACAUUACAAUUAAUUAACGCAUCACGUACAUUCUUACUAAACGUAAACAAACUUUACGCGGACCGGAAGUAAGAAGGUAUAAGGAAAUACCAGCAAUAAUUCAUAUAAACAAAUGUAUUCCCCAUUGUUACCCAUGUUUUACAAGCUUGAUUCACUAAGUUUAUUAAUCAUAUGAUGUUAAUUGACACAGCCGUACAUGAUCGGGACAUUUAUAUAUAAUUAAGAUCCGUAGUUUUAUGAUUUACUCAUCAUUUCCCAUCUUCUGUUUACAAUCACUUAAGAAUAUCUUUUUCUAUAUUUUAUUUUACGUCUGUAUUAAAGAAAUGGAGCUGGCAGUGGGUUUUCUGCUUUUAAAUGUUCUUCAUUUUGGAAUUUGUGGAUUCAUAAACAAAGGUUUUAUACAGUUUGGCGUUGAAUUGAGCGUGUUUUCCGGACGAUCUAGUCCAACAUGGGUUAUUGACAGGAACAACCCCAUGUAUUCCUACAUAGCUACAACAAUCAACAAUGCACGACCAUCAAGGAUGGGUGAGAAGCUUGGAUACGGAGGUUUUAUCGUGGAGAUGAAGAACCCGAUGGGUCAGCGAGUGUACAAGACCGUAGGGGCGGGUACGAAUCCCAGAUUAGAGUUGAUGUUACUGAAUUCGUCACCGUUUCCACUAGAGAGGUCAGUGCGUCGUCACGUGAUAGAUACCGUCAGAAGAAUGACACCGCUACAACCAUAUAUAACCCUACAAGCAGGGUUUCCGAGCAGACCGCCUUUCCCUAUGCAAAGAUGUCGAAUUCCGCGGUACGACCCUGAAACUUGGAAUGCCUCGCCGACCAUCCGGCAAAAUAAUUGUUAUAAUUAUGCCACACAAAGGCCGACUGGUACCUUUGCUCAGCCGGGACGAGCUUCCGGUCGAAGAUUCUCUAGACCAAUCACAGUACGCGGUAUUCUUGGCGCUACUGUCAGUGACGGACUGGUUCCAUUACCUUUCUUUAACCCUCGAAUGUUUCCCGGAAAAUGUUAUAUGGCUUUGGCCGUCUGGCCGGAAACUGAUUAUCAUUUCUAUCGGUUGGACAGCAACAUGUUGUGGUCUCAUAAACCUGGUAAAACCGCGGUCAAGAAUACGGACAAUAGCGGUAACCUUAUUUCUGACCCUAAAACUGCGGAUAGAGGAGAAUAUACUGUAUUUGUUGGUUACUUAGGCAACCAUCCCGGUGUAAGAGUUCUAUAACAUUCAUCAACUACAUUAUAGUACUUUUUUGUUAAUAUAUUUUUUCAUCUAACAUGGUCUAGAUAGUACAUGUAUUUUGAUAUUUAUUGUGAAGUCUUUUAUACUUGUACGUGUUCAAAUAUUGCUCUUUGGACAUAAGCAUAACAUCUAAGA